AUGGAGGGAGUGUCGCUCCCUGUGUGUCCUUCUUCAUCUUCUUCCUCUGCAACUCCUAAACCCAAAAUCUCCAUUCCCCAACGGUCUUCUUUUCCUUCGUCACUACCAACCCACUGUUGCUUCCCCCGAAACGCAGCGUUCUCAUGUCGUAACUAUCUCCGAAGUUCCACCUUCGCACUCGCCCAGCACGAAGCUCCCGUUGUGGGAAAACCCGACAACAACUCUUUACCCGCUCUACCCAAAAUCGACAAGACUGGCCGCUUCUGCAGCCCCAGAGCCGCCAGAGAACUCGCACUCUCCAUAAUUUAUGCCGCGUGUUUGGAGGGGAUGGACCCGGUUCGGCUUUUUGAGAAACGGAUGAAUGCGCGGCGAGAGGUCGGGUAUGAAUUUGACAAGAAAAAGCUGUUGGAGUAUAAUCAUAUGAGUUUUGGAGGGCCUCCUGUUACUGUUGAAUCGGAUGAAGAGGCAAAUGAGCUUUUGCGGCACAUUGAAGAAGAGUCUGCCAUUGAAGCAGAAGUCCUUACAGCUCCUCCAAAGCUGGUAUAUAACAACCUGAUUUUGAGAUUCACUAGGAAACUAUUGGUUGCAGUCAGGGAUACAUGGGACAAUCAUGUCCUGGUUAUUAACAAGAUCGUCCCUGAAAAUUGGAAGAACGAACCAGCAGGGAAGAUUUUAGAGCUUUGUAUUCUUCACUUGGCCAUGUCUGAAAUGUCAGUGCUCGAAACCAGACACCAAAUCGUCAUUAAUGAGGCGGUAGAUCUUGCUAAACGGUUCUGUGAUGGAGCAGCCCCUCGCAUCAUCAAUGGCUGUCUCCGCACAUUUUUCCGAGAACUGGAGCUUGAGGAAUCAAAUAAUCGGGUUUAG